UCACCCCGGCGGCCGCGUAUGUGCGUGCCUGUGUGUGUGUGUGUGUGUCGUCAUCGUGCCACCAUACCCCGUGGGGUUCCACCGAUCGGCAGCAAGAGGAAGAGGAGGAAGCAAAAGAGAGAAGAGAGUUUUGUUGCAAUCCGGCUGACCGGAUUCCUUUCAGUGUUUUCGGUCGAUCCAACUCUAUAGUAUAUACAUCGACUAACGAAUUGUGCAUUGUGCGUCGAUGGUGUGCGUCAACGCGUCGAUCCAGACGACAGCAGAUCUUGUCACCGCCGCAGCCGCACCUCGAUUAACGAGGAGGCCUCGCCUAACAUGCUCCUGCUCGAUCGCCGACGUUCCGGCUGCACCUCGCGGAUGAAACUGAAUGGGACCGCCAACUAUUGGAGCAUCGUGACGAGGAGCAGUGUGAAUCUUCGCCGAGACGACAGGAUUCUAUCAUCUAGUCAGUGGAAUAAAUCGGAUCAGCUGUGAUAAUGUGCGAAACUUAGUGCUCGUCGGGGAGGGUUGGAAUUCCCGAUCCGGGUGAGUGAACGCACGAACGGACACGCGAUGAACAGAGAACACGCCAGUGAAGUUUCGAACGCGUAGCGAUAUAUUUCCGAGUUGUAUUCGUACACGUACGUAAAGAAGAAGUUGAUAGAAGAAGAAGAAAGUUACUAAAUAUCCGACAAUCAUGGUUACCUUGGACACGGAGCAGAAGCCCGAGAGGCAGCACUGCGAGCGUCGCAUGUGCGCCAUUUGCAAACGGAUCAAGCGCGACAGAGCGCUGAAGGUGAAGCUUACGCUGAGGCGGCCCAUCAAUCAGCUGGUUGCGCAAGGUAUCAUGCCAUCUCUGAAGACACCGCCGGCGUUCCACGAGCAACGGAAGCAAUUGGAACGGGCGAAGACCGGUGACCUGCUGAAGGCGAAGAUCCAGCAGAGACCGGGCCGAGAGGAGCUGGUUAGGCAGCAUAUCCUCGAGGAUGUGGGUCACGUGGACCCGAGCCUGGCCGAGAGGCAACGGAUGCUGAAGAAGGCCAGGUUGGCCGACCAGCUGAACGACCAGCUCAGUCAUCGACCUGGACCGCUCGAGCUCAUCCAGAAAAACAUUCUCCACACGGAGGAGCCUAUUGAGAGGGCGGUCAAAGAGGGUCACAUUCCCUUCAAGGCCACCUGCGAGGGUCAAGUGACGAAGCCUCAGCACCCGGAUCACUACAUCACCUUCGAAGAUGACUCGCAGAGCUCGGAGGGUGCACCCUCGCCGCAGCUGGAGUCCCGGUCGGACGUUUUGGAAACGGCGGCUGCCUCCGCUGGGAUAGUGACCGUCUCGCUUAGUAUUCCAACGACCGGCGGUGCCGUGGUGGUCUCGUCCACGUCGCCGGUGUUCCAACAGGCGUCGAACGAGCCAACGAUACAAACGUUCGCGGAACUGUGCAAUACCGUGGUCGGUUCUCAACAGCAGCAGCAGCAGCAGCAGCAACAGCAGCAGCAGCAGCAGCAGCAGCAGCAGCAGCAACAUCAUCAGCAACAUCAUCAGCAGCAGCAACAACAGUCGCAACAGCAGGCUCAACACAAUCAGCAGCAUGCUUCCACGCAGGCGAGUCAGACGAACGGUCCGUCGACGACCCUCCUACCGCUGGCGCCGGCGCCGAGCCCGAUGUCCUUGGGCUCGACCACGUCCAGCCUGAGUCCCCUUUCCAAUAUCUCGAUAGCGUCGCCACCGGCACCACCGCCCGCCGCCAUCACCCCCAGGCCGCAACCGAGCCCCAUAGCCACCUCCGCGUGUCAGAGGAGCGACGCGCCCGGCAAGGAUAAGAACAGGAAGAAGUCCAAGACCAAGAGCCAGCCCAAGACUCGUACCAUCAAGUUUCACGAGUACAAAGGGCCGCCAAACGCGCAGAAGACCUCGGUGUCGUCUACGACUUCUGGCCUCGGGUCGGCACCGCCUGGCGAGACAAGCUACGAGCUUCUCCUUCAGCAACAGCAGUUGUUCCUUCAGUGGCAGCUCGAAUGGCAGCACAAGUACCCUCAGAUCAUUCUACCGGCAGCGCAAAAGCCACUGUCUUUGAACAGCAGCGGCGCCAGCGACGCUGGCAGCAUCAGCGGAAGUAGCAUGAACGCGCCAAGCCCCGCGCCCUCCAACUCCUCCAACAACCCCACGGAACAGCCGCCCUUGAGGCCUUUGGGCAAGCUGGAGGACAUGAAAGUAAGCGAUCUCAAAGUGGAGUUGAAACGUCGAAAUUUGCCAGUGUCUGGCUCGAAGCCACAGCUGAUCGAGAGAUUAAAGCCGUUCACGGAAUCGUCUAGCGGCAACUCGACGUCUAGCUCAAACGGGCCGCACGUGACGCACAUGGGCCACAUAUUGAUGGACACGCCGGGGCCGGUCACAUCCGACGAGUCGAGCUCCCAUGCCAAAAGUCCCAGCUCAGCCGUCAAGGACGAGCCGAACAGUCCUCGGACGGACUCGCCGCACGGUAGCGAACACGACGACCCGUCGAGUCCCCCAGGAGACGACAUAAUCAAGGAACAAAGAAAACGGAUAGAGGAGUUGCAGCGUGAAUUAUACAAGUCUCAACAGCAACUUCAACAGAUUCGCCAGACUCAGCCGUCUACGGUUCAUGCUGAGAAGUUGGUGCUGCAGCAACACAUUCAGAACAAGAUGCAACAGCAGCAGCUGGCGUUGCAUUUGCAGCAGUUGCAACAUUUGCAGCAGCAACAGCAGCAACAACAGCAGCAGCAGCAGCAGCAACAACAGCAGCAGCAACAGCAGCAACAACAACAACAACAGCAGCAGCAGAAUCAACAGCAGUCUCAACAACAAACGCAACAACAACACGCUACGUUCCAGCAGCUGAACGCGAAAGCCAGUCUCGCUGCGUUUCUACAGGCGCAACCAAAUAACACUACUGCCAUUCUGGAUUCUUCGACCCUAACUGCGAUUAAUAAUAAGAAGAAUCAAACGAAGAACAGCGCCACCGUGCAAAUACCCGCCGCGAUAGUCUUCAACCUGCCCAAGCCAACGAAAUUAAAUGGCUCGUUGCUGAGCGCGUUGGUGGCGCAGGCGCAGGCUCAGCAACAACAACAACAACAACAACAACAAACUGUUACUACGGAGGAUGGGAAACCACCGCCUCCUCAGUACGACGAGGCAGCGAAGCUUCUGAAGGUUAAAAUCGAACCGGUGCAAAAGAGUCACAUCAAGAGUCAAGUCGUGGACGACGUGCUGGAGAUCCUGAUCAAGAACGGCGAGCUACCACCGAGCGCCGCGCAGGAUCCAGCCACACCGACGACACCCAACAGACAGCUCCAACAAAAUUUGGUGUUCACAGCGCCAGCGGACAGCCAGACGCACUCGUUGGUUUUUACCGCUGCUAGUCCAAUCAGUCCGAUCAGCCCGAUUGCGAUGGAGGUUUCCCAGAGCGAUUGCGUGAGUUCACCGGCGCCGGCGCCACCGCCACCGCCUCCCUUGCCUCUGGCGACCUUCUCUAUUCAGCUGCCAACCUCGUUACAACAGUUACAGCAGCAGGAAGAGAUCUCGUCGUUCAACGCAGACCUGUUGACCUCGGAGGCCGAUCUGGACGCCGCGAUGCUUCUCAGCCCGCAGUCCGCCCAGCAAGCAUCGCCGGAUCCUCAACCUCCUCAAGAGGUAACGUCGUCGGACAACGCGAAUUUAGACCUCAAGGAGCUCGAGUUGGACCUCGAGACUCUCGACACAAUGGACUUCAGCCAAUUAGAUUGCGACCUGGGUGUCAAGAUGGAAGCACCUCAGGAGCUGAUGGACAUUGGCGACAUGCCCAUGGACAUGGACGAUCCCGACUGGCUGGACUCACUGAUGCCACAGUCGCCCCCGACCUCGUCCACGACGAUAUCGAGUCAUCAGCCAGCCCCGCCGACCAGUCUGUCCAGCGGCACCGACAUUUACGACCCGUUGCUAGCCAGUAGUCAAGAUCCGUUUGAUCUCUUCAACAUGGAAGACUCCGACUUCAAGAUGUCGUCCGACUUGUCGCUAACCUGGGACAAAGUCGACUUCGCGACCUAGCCCGAGAUCCUUUCUCGGAGCUCGGCCUUGUGUACUUAAUCAAUCCACGUGUCAACGGGAAACGGGAAAAAGGAUCCAGCGGGAGGCACACAGGGACAAUCGGUUACGUGGCAGGGCCAAAUGUGCCACGCGUGUUGCGAUCGAUCUGUGACUGAUUUUGGUGCAUUUUUUCUACGAAUCGUAAUUUUCACUUUGCAGUCGCUUGCCCUGUUUUCCAACCCAGCAAUUCGGGAUCGGCAAUUCGCUGUGCAAUUUCCCGUGGACGUUCGAACAAGUUGUACUUACGCGCGUAUCGCGACUUACGUUUCUCGGUAUCGAGCGGAGAACUUUCUUACGAGAACAGAACUAGAAGUGUAACUAGCUAUAUGUAAUUUUCGCGAAAUCGAAAUUUUAUAGGUGAGUAAUUGAAAACAGUGAAAAAGAAUGUGCGUGGAAUUGCGAGAGAGAGAGGAUCGUGGCGUGAGAGAACGCAAGGGUGAGAACGAGACCGCGAAGCAAUCGUUUCUAAGGGGUUUUUGUAUAACAGAGGAUAAUUGUCAUCGGUGCACGAAUAAUAACUUUGGUCUUCCUCGGUCAGUAUGAGAACCAGUGCAUAGAACCCGUCGUUUCUUCCGUUUCAUCGGAUCGAUCGUGCGUUGUCGCGGUUUUUUCUCUGAUCGCGGUUACUCGAGAUCUUAACGAUCGACAACUCGGAGAGUGUUUCGAACGAAUCGAUCGAACGAUCGGUCGUUCGAGAGGAAUGAAGAUGAGGUCGACGAAACGACGAGACGACGAAUUUCCCGCGACCGGAAAUAACAAUGAUAACAAUACAACGACGAUAUCUUCAAAAUUCUCCAAAGAAUCUCCUUACGAGCGUUUUUAGCUAGUUUCUACUAUCCAGUCUACAGUCGUGUGUUGCUUGAGUUUUUAAUAACUGCGAAAUAGCGUGUGUGUUAAGCAGGAAGACGGGAAAGCUGCGUUCAUAUCUGUUUUCCUCGUAUGCUUCUCCCUUUCAGCCCCGUUUCCCUCAGACCCCGCUCCUCUGAAAACACUAGCAUAUUCAAUUGCAACGCUAUAAUCGGAAUACUUAUUGGUCGAGGAAAUGAAUAUACUUUUGCAACGGUUGUGAAACGGCUGUAUACAUAUGUAUGUAUAAAUAUACGUAUUCAUAUGCAUACAUGUAAAAUACAGUGUACGUUGAGUUUGACAGCAAUAACGCGUUCGUGUAACAAAAAGAAAAGAAAAAAAAAAGAAAAAGGAAAUUUGAUUUGAAAAAGAAAAAGAGAAAUGGAAGAAAAGAACAAGGCAAAGGAAAACCAUAAGAAAGCAAGUUCGACGGCUUUCCCGCACAGCUAUGUAUAAUUUUUUUUCUAAGGCAGAGCAUGUGAUGUUAGAGGUUACACGUACAUAUAUUUUAAUCAACGAUCGCAUAGAAAUUUUCGGGAAUGGCUGCGGACAAAAGGUGUACCGAUGUCAGGGUAUCGUGCGGUUCUCCUGUUUCUUCGUUUUCCCUUUACGAAUCUUUUUUGUUGUUUUUUUGUGACAUUCCAUGUUUCCAAACGAGCAAGAGAUCGAAGCUACGCGUACCACGAGCCGCGCUUUUGUUCAUGAACUUGUGCAAAAGUUAAGAAGAACUCGUCUCAGAAUUUUGUUUGGCCGAUCGAAACUUUCGACCUCACGCCGAUACUUUACGCUGCACGUUCAAUCGAACGGAGACGCAGCUACGUUCAUUUAAAUCGGACGGUGUCAAAGAUAUUGUUACACGAAUCAAACACAGAAAAAAAAAAAGGAGAAGCAAACGCCUUGCAGUUUUCUGAGAUGUUCUUUGCAGAACCAAGUGACUUCGUACGCCAACGUAACGAUAAAGGAUCGCACUGCCUAAAUCGGUAAUAGAGAGCGAAAGUGUUGAAUGAGUACAGUGUUGUUUAGCGUGAAAAUGUACGUGAGUGCGUCGAAACAGUGUCAGCGUAUGUGAUCAGCGAUGGUGCUAAUUGAAAACCCUCCUUAAAGCUAUCAAUUAUCCUCGAGAUGUAUCCACGAUUGAAUCGCAAAGCAAUCGAUUUCGAUUUCUCUAGCUCGUAAUUUUAUCCUUUGUCAAGGUAAACAGAAUAUGUCUGUCAAUUUUUAUAGACGGCACAGACAAAUUCGUAUUCGGCAAGUGGAAAAAUGCUUUGUCGAUUCGGUUAGGCGCGAUCCCAUAUUUUCACAUAGAUAGAAAGUGGCACACUGGCAAGCAAAUACAUACCGUCAUCCUUCACCCCCAUAUCGCACAACGAGGCAGCAAAAAUAUGCAACAUUCCAAUGUUCACAUGCAAUAGAGAAACAUCACACAAGCCCCGAGACACCAUGCUCCUCGUAGAACACUCGUCGAAGUAAUCAGUUCGCGGCGCAUCCUCAUUUUGUUGUAAUUCUCACUUUAACGUUCGGCCGUGAUCGACCCGAAUUGUAAAUAUUCUCACCUUGAAACAUUUUCACGGAAAUUCACCACACGAUUGAAUCGUAAUUACGAAUGAAAAAUGAGUGAGCAAGGCACAAGUGUGUUCGAAAACGAAACUCGACACACGGACUUGCAGCGCCCUCUCGCGUUUCCGGCCAAACACAAUUCAAAAUCCGUGCAUUUAAGUUGAAACUGCUUCCAUUUGCAUCUCAUUUGUUCGAUCGAAUGUAACCGAUAUCGCUUUCUAACUACGCUACUAACUCUGCAUUUAAAUUCCAUAUAGCGCGAGAAGGAAAAUAUGGGGAAAAUAAGUAGUGUACUCCCACGGGAAUGAUAGGGAGAACAUGGUGCGUAGAUCGGGGUAAAAAGUCGUGCCAAAAAAUCCCCUUGCCACCGCGUAUCGCUUCGUCAUUGUAAUUGUAUCACCCGUUGCCAUGACAAUAAAAGUUUGUAUCGUGUUGUAAAAUAUUGUAUCAUACGUAAAUUAGAGUCACGUGUACCGCCGAUAUGUCGCCCAUGAAACUUGGCUUGCUGUACGAAUGUAUUUAGGAUAAAACAGUCGCGAUACUUAAUCGCGCGUAAGGGACGACAAACGAGCGAAAGACCAGCGCCAUCAACGUCACCAUAUAACGUACGAUCCCUCAUCUUUUUUGUUUCCUUUUUUCUUGUUUUUUUUUUCUAACGCAUCGCAGCAAUCAUCGUUGCUUAGCAUUGCAAUCCUGUUGUAAAUUCUUCUUCGAAUCAUGAAUCAUGAAAUCUAUCGAUGAUUGAUUGAUUUGUCAGGCUGUGCGAAUCUGAUAGUCUGCCGUGAAACGCGUGAAAGUGUCUUUGUUUGUAUAAUCAAGCGUAUGAGAGUAUUGUCCAACGAACAUACGAACAACAAG